CACAGCUGGACCUGCCCACGGCACACACAGGACUGGGGGCCGUGCUGGCCUUGCCCGGACCCUUGCAAAGGCUUUCCUCUGUGAAAGAAAGUCCGGGAUUGGUAUAAGUGAUCCUUUCCCGUGGGCUCUCCUCUGCCCUUCCAGCACUUAGACAUUGAGUGUUGAUAACCUACAGACCAAAGAGAACUCGGGUGCUCGGCUGCAGCAGAAGCACUGGCACCCACCUCCUCCAGACCUGCUUGAUCAACUGCAAAAGGCUGAUAGCUGCGGAUGCUGAGCCAGCUUGUAUCAUUUAGAGUUAAGAAGCCAGAAGUGGGGAAGCCAUGGGCCGGACACGCAGGCCUCCACCUGCGCAGCACAGGCACUGUGAGGGAUGCAUCAACCGCCACUGCCAUGUUCCUGUGGAGCCUAGCGUCUCCUGCCUGGUGAUAAGUUGCCACCUGCUCUGUGGCGCCACCUUCCACAUGUGCAAAGAGUCAGAGCAUACACUCCUCUGCCCUCUGGAGCAGGUUCCGUGCCUCAACUCUGAGUAUGGCUGCCCGCUCUCCAUGGCACGCCACAAACUGGCUAAGCACCUGCAGGUAUGCCCCGCCAGCGUAGUCUGCUGCUCCAUGGAAUGGAACCGCUGGCCAAACGUGGACUCAGAAACAGUCCUUCAUGAGAACAUCAUGAAAGAGACCCCAAGUGAGGAGUGUUUGGACACAGCUCUGGCCCUCCAGGACCAGAAGGUUCUCUUCAGAUCCUUGAAAAUGGUAGAGCUUUUCCCAGAAACCAGAGAUGCCACUGAGGAGGAGCCAGCCACAACGAAUGGUGAAACCAGUUGGGAGGAGACUGGGGGCGCAGUUGGGGGAGUGGAUGCCAGGGUAGUACCAAACUCUUGUUUGCCGAUAACCAAUGGGCAAGUGAUGGAGCUCAGUCAGGAGGAACGAGAUGCAUUGGCAAAAACCAAAGAAGGGAUGGACCUGGACAAGUUUGGCAAGUGGGAAAGUAUGUUCAGCAAGGAGCAUGCAGCCUCAAUUUUAACAGGUUCCUUGGGGAAGAGUGAAGACAAGAAUGGGAAUGUGGCUGGGAAAGAGCAGUGUUCCGGUGAUGACAGCACAGGGGAUGCAGAGGGUUCUGCCGAAAGUAGAGGACCACAGGAAAGCCAGAAGCCCCAAGAACUUCCCGCUACCAUGGAGAUGACAGGGCUUGCUCCCUGGCAAGAUGGUGUUCUGGAAAGACUAAAAACAGCUGUGGAUGCCAAAGACUAUAACAUGUAUCUGGUGCACAACGGGCGGAUGCUCAUCCACUUUGGGCAGAUGCCUGCUUGUACACCCAAGGAGAGAGACUUUGUUUAUGGCAACCUCGAGGCUCAAGAAGUGAAGACGGUUUAUACCUUCAAAAUUCCUAUGAGCUACUGUGGGAAGCGAGCACGCUUGGGAGAUGCCAUGUUGAGGUGCAGACCAAGUGAACACAAGGCCGUAGACACUUCCGACUUGGGCGUCUCUGUGGAGGAUCUGCCCAAAUCCGAUCUCAUCAAGACCACCCUACAGUGUGCUUUGGAAAGAGAACUCAAAGGCCAUGUCAUCUCAGAGUCCAGGAGCAUCGAUGGACUCUUUAUGGACCUUGCUACCCAAACAUACAACUUUGAGCCAGAACAGUUUUCCUCACAGACAGUGUUGGCUGACCUCCUAGGCACUGCUCAACCAGGGGGCCUGCAUGUGGAGCUCCACAGUGAGUGUGUGACCAGAAGACACAACAAAAGCAGCUCAGCUUUUACUUUUACCUGCAACAAAUUCUUCCGAAGGGAUGAAUUUCCCCUGCACUUCAAGAAUGUCCACACGGACAUUCAGUCGUGUCUCAACGGCUGGUUCCAGCAUCGAUGCCCCCUCGCCUACUUGGGAUGUACAUUUGUUCAGAACCACUUCCGCCCCCCUGGACAAAAAGCAAAAGUGAUCUAUAGUCAGGAGCUGAAGACCUUUGCCAUCAAGCCAGAGGUUGCUCCAGAGCUAAGUGAGAUGUGGAAGAGCGACCAUCUCUCAGGCCAUAAUGGGAAAAGCCUGAAUUCUCUAACCAGCCUGCCCCUGGAGGUUUUGCAAUACAUUGCUGGGUUUCUGGACAGUAUCAGCCUGUCCCAGCUUUCCCAGGUAUCAGUACUGAUGAGGAACAUCUGUGCAACUUUGUUGCAAGAGAGAGGGAUGGUCCUCUUGCAAUGGAAGAAGAAGAGGUAUUCUCAUGGAGGCACCUCCUGGAAAGUCCACAAUCAGGUCUGGCAGUUCAGCAGCCUUUUCUCAAAAAUCAAGAGCUGGGAGUUUAAUGAAGUCACCUCCAUGUCCGAACACCUGAAAACCUGUCCUUUCAACGUUGUGGAGCCUAAGACUGACCCGAUUCGUUUGACCAGCAUGUGCCAGCCCCAAGAGAAGGCCCGAGAGAGCUUAGUGUCCACCUUUAGGGCCCGACCACGGGGAAGACGCUCUUAAAGAUUUGCAUACCACUGCUCCUGGCUUCUCAGAGUUAUUCAAAGUAGGAAAGUCUGGUUUGAGGGCACCACUCUGAAACCUGCACCUCUAGAGGAUAUAUGGAGUCCUUCCGGCCUUAGCAACUACACUAAGACACUAGGGGAUUUUGUUUGUUUGUUUUUAGUUUUGUUUUGUUUUGAGCUAUGGCUUGUAUGAAAGCGCCACGUUCUUUUUUUGUUUUUUGUUUUUUGCCUUAUCUUAGUUCUUUCCUCUCCUGAAAUAGAUAAGCCUGGGGAGGAAAAUUAAUAACUUAAGGCCAUUUGAUAAAUGAAUCCAAGUUCUUAGUUGACUGGGGAACAAGGAAACUCUAACGAGCAUAGACUGGUGCUUCUACCUCGAGCUGUCCAGUUUACAAACCACCUUCAAGUUCUUGGGGCAGGCGAUCCAGGGACAGGGUCUGAGGUGCAGUGACCAUCCAGGGUAUCCAGGUGAAGAGAAUCCAACUGGAAGGUUCUGAAGCUUGAUGGGUCUUCACAAAUCUAGUCACCCUACUGCAUCAAAGCCCAGAUGGUUUUAAGGCAGCCCAAGAGAAUGGACCACACUGGCUGAGCACAGCAGUUUCAAGCACACCACAAGCCAAAGUGAAACAGUCUGCUGUAUAUAGUCUUGGUAACACCAAGAAAAAAACAAAAACAAAAACUCUUUAAAAUGAAGGAAAGGCCAAAGCUCUCUGGAAGUGAAGUCGCUCCCAGCUGAGAGCCACUGCCGUAAAGGACACUACAUGAGCAAUGGUGAGUUAGGAUGUGCUCACUUUUAACUGACAAAUCUGACCUUACACAGUCAGCAAAAUGCAGUGCAACUCUUACUCCUUUGCUAAAUACGUUUUAAACAUGUGGUGAUGCUAAAUUGAGAACCAGAUGGAGCUGAUCUACCCAAUAUGGCUUGAUGUCCUUGGCCACAAUGUAACAUAUCUUCCCUGCCCUCUUUAGGGAAACCUGAAGCCAGAAAGUCAUUUAUCUUAAGUUCCUCUUCCCUUAGUUGGUGCCAUUUUCCAGCAACUCUAGAAGUUCUCAACCUAAUGAAAAACAAGGAAAAGGGAAGGCAGGCAUCGCAGGGAACCGGCCAGCCAAGACUCCAAAUAAUGAAGGCGUCUAUCUAAUCUGCGAGCUCAUUGUCUCAGCAUCUGUCUCUCUGACCAUAGUUCAGGGCUGGUGCAGAUGAAGAAGGUGGUGCAGAUGAAGAAGCUGGUGCAGGUGAAGCUGGUGCCUUGGCAAAGGCAGCAGAGCAAGUCUGUUCUGAAAGCAUGCUCACUCUCUGGUGUAUUCUUCACAGGCUAUGGUUAAUACAAUGGCUAUUAUUUAUUCCUAAUCUUUACAGUUUGGUUUAUAUUUCACCACCACUUUUUUUUGUGUGAGUCACCAUUUUCUAAAAGUGUAUCCAGAGUGUUCUCUAAGACUUUGUUUGGUGACCAUGAGUAACUGAAAACAGCUAAGCAAUGAAGUUGGCAAAAGAGAAGUGAGCUCUUCAGGUCUGGGCUCUGUGCGUUUGGAAUCUGGUUCUUCACACACAGUGGAAUAUGGGCUCGCAAAGCCUCUUGGGGUUUAUUAGAAAGAGCAAUAGAACUACAGACCAUGGAAACAAACCCCAAACUCAGUUACAUGAGCCAAGAGCACAGAGAGGCAGAGAGGCCACAGGGCUCUGCCACCUGGUCAAGGAGACAGUCAGGACACCCCCGCCCCCACCUCAUUGAGGUGUGGAUACUUCCAGCCUAACUUUCUUCCUCCCGUUCUUAUCUCAGAGCAGUACUUAGAUGAGUGACAUCUUCAAACAUUUUUGUAAGGGAAUUCAUUAUUUGUUUUAAAGGAAAUCAAGAUACCCCAGGCAUGCCCUGGUGCCCUGGUCCCUACAGACAUACUCACUUUGUGGAAAGAGGGCAGACAUAGCAAAGAGACCAUUUUGAGAUGCUGGGAUUGAUGAAUGUUUGGACUAAGGAAAUGAAGCUUCAGAAAGCACCGUGAGCAGUGGGUGCCUGUAACAGAAGCGAGACAGCUCCGUGUGGCUUCAGUUUCUGCAGCAGCUAAAGAUGGUGGAGCCGAAUGUACUGCAAGCAUAGAGCCUGGACCUGAAGACAUCUGUGAGCAGAGCCCUUUGAUGAACAGCAUCCUUAACGGCAACUCAGAGGUGGAAAGCAGCUGGCUGUGGAGGGGGAGGGCUACAGAACUGAGCCUCAAAUGACCUGUAGCUUCAGCAGCAUGGGAACUUGAGAAGGAAGUUGUCUGACAAGAAAAGGUCAGAUGGGAAGCAAGGUGAGAACUAGAGAUAGAUUUAAAGCCAUACCACCACCACUGUACCGGUCUAACAUAUGUGCAAUGUCAAAUCAAACUGAAAUGGAGAACAUGGGUUUAGGUAUCUACAGUGACUAACCUCUAGACACCAACAAACCCAAUGUCUCUCUACUGGGAAAUAAAGGCUGCUCUUCUCACAGAAAGACUAAAAGUGAGUAAGUCUUGUGAGUUAGGUCUAGAGACAGACUUGUGAUUUGCUGGCAAGCAUAAAAGUCAUCAUUAAAAUCUAGCAGUGUUUGUCUUGAAGAAAGGCCAGUGAAAAGUCUGGACUGUGUAAAGCUGUAGAAAGGCAGGGCCACCUCUAAGGGAUCUCAACCAUUAGUGUAAUCUAUCCCAACGCCCCCUCCAUUUUUGGGAGCUGAGACCAACAUCAAUACUGCUGAGAGCUUUGGCUUUUAUAUCAUAUCAACCAAUGAUGCCCUACUUCAAUCCCUGACAUUCACUUGGAUUGUACACCAGGAUCUCCCAUCUUUGCUGGGGCUGGUUAAGCCCACUUCUCCCCUGUAUUGUGUUUAGGGAAUCAUGUUUUGCUCAUCAUGGCUACAUGGAUGCCCUCAUCUCUUCCUACAUACUCCAGCACUGGACCACACAGGAUUCUCAUGAACUUUGUUCAUCUAUCAUUUUCUGGACAUGGGAUCCAGUUGCCCUGGUAUCAGGGAUCCUUGCCUUCCAAAAGCCUCUAGACACUCUUCAACCCACUUAAAUUUGUUCUCCUUGGUGUUAGUCUUUUGGAGGGGCAACCUUCUCUUCCUACUUCCAACCCUCUAACCUAUGCUUCUUCCUGGAGAAUCACCAUCUGCCAGGGAGUCAGGGAGGUGGCGCAGUUAGCCAAAUGCUUGCCUAGCAAGCAGGUGGGCCUAAGUUGGAUCUCCGGAGCCCACAAAAAAAAAAAAAAAAAAAAAAAAAAAAAAGCCAGAUGUGGCAGCUUUUGCUGAUAAUCUUGGUGCUGAGAAGGCAGAGAUAAUAGGAUCCCUGGCCGGCAAAUCCUAAGUGAUGAGCUCCAGGUCAAACAUAAAUCCUGUUUAAUAAGAGGCAGACUGUAUUCCUAAGGGUGACUAGCUUUGCACUCUAGCCAACACAUACAUGUACACACACACACACACACACACACACACACACACACCCCAAGUGUAUAAAAAGUCUGAUUUUCCCAGACAUGAAGCUGACAUCAUUCAACUGCUAAAGCCCGCAGAGGCUAAACUCCCUUAAUCUAGAUGUCACCUGACCCUGUUAUCCCACACUGCUGCCAUUCACAAAUAUGCUGGUUUGGUUUUUGUCAAGUUGACACAAACCUAGACAUAUCUGGGAAGAAGGAAUCUUAACUGAGAAAAUGCUUCCAUAAAAUGCUCCGUAGGCAAUUCUGUAGGGCAUUUUUUUUUUAAAUUAGUGGUUGAUGUAGGGAGGGCUGUCCAUUGUGGGUGGUAACCAUCCCUGGGUAGGUGGUUCUGGGUAUACAAGAAAGAAAAUUCAAGCCAUAGGAAGCAAACCAAUAACCAGCACUCCUCCCUGGCUUCUGCUUCACUUUCUGCCUCUAUGGUUCUUGCUCUGAAUCCCCGCCCUGGCGUCCCUCAGUGAUGAUGGAGUGUGACCUAACAGUUGUAGGCUGAAAUAAAACCUUUCCUCCCUGA